UCUUUCAUCAGCUAGUGUCAGAUGGAAUCAGUAUAGAACUGUCGCAUUUUGUUAGAUGGCUAAUUUCUUUAGCUUUGUAAAUCGAGCUCUUAAACAUUAAAGUGAUUAAACUGAAGUUAAAGCUAAUUUUUCUCAGUUAUCUGUAAUUUCCUGUUUGAAAAUUUACAAUUAUCAGUAAAUGUGCCUUGACCUUCGAAGUCAGAAAUUACUUGACGACACUUUUAAAGGUCAAUUUUUGCGAUAGUCGUUUGUUUAAUAAACACCUGCACGCGAACGUCAGUCAACAAGAUUUGGGAUAUGAAAGUUUCUUCCACUGACUCGAAGUCUUUGUUACCAUAUUACCUUUAAAAUUAUAAAGAAAAUGACAAAAACACUCCCGCAAUUUCGAAAUUGAUACUAGUAAGAAGGUACCACGUUGAUCAAAUUAUCCGCUGUUAUUGUAAAACUAGUGAAGACAUAAUUGGAUAUAUAGACAUAUAUAUAUAUAUAUAUGGAACUUAAACUAAAAAGUAACAUCGAUCGCUGCUUAAAAGCCAUUUGACUGAAUAACUUCAUCUUUGAAUGUUUUGAAAUAAUUCAAGAUGGGCGAUUACGUAAACGAUAUAUCUAAUCCCGAAAUUAACAACUUUUCAGUAAAUGGAAGCUCUCCAAUUAACACCCCUAGAACAAAUACUGUUGCCCCUGCAGUAUCUCCAAAUCAUGAUCUACCUGAACGAGGUAAUUGGACUGGAAGACUUGACUUUUUAAUGUCCUGCGUAGGGUAUGCCAUUGGACUGGGGAACGUCUGGAGAUUUCCUUAUUUAUGUUACAAGAAUGGAGGAGGUGCUUUUCUCGUACCAUACUUGUUAACCUUGUUUCUGGCUGGAAUACCAACGUUUUUCCUGGAAACUUCUUUAGGUCAGUUUUUAAGUAUCGGUGGACUGGGAGUAUGGAAAAUUUGUCCCAUUUUCAAAGGUGUGGGAUACGCCGCAGCCGUGAUGGCCUUUUGGCUUAAUGCUUAUUACAUUGUAGUGCUGGCUUGGGCCAUCUACUAUGUAGUGUCCUCUCUCGAUUGGGAUGUCCCUUGGCGGACGUGUAACAAUUGGUGGAACUCCAUCUUCUGCUUGUCAGAGUACGAUGUUGUGCAGCCCAACUGUACAGGUAAUGCUGAUCAGGACUCUGCCUUGUGUGCCUACAACCUAUCCACUCCUAAUCUCUUCAAAAGUCCCGUCAAUGAGUUUUGGGAGCGAAAUGUUUUGCAAAUUACUCAAGGCUUAGAAGAACCAGGCAGCAUACGUUGGCAGUUAGCCAUUACACUCGCCGUUGCAUGGGUCAUUUGUUACUUCUGUAUCUGGAAAGGAGUCAAAUGGACUGGAAAGGUCGUGUACUUCACAGCUCUGUUUCCCUAUUUCCUGUUGUUCAUCUUAUUCAUCCGUGGCUUGACUUUACCUGGAUCAGGAGAAGGAAUCAAGUUCUAUGUCAUGCCCAAAAUGGAUAGGCUUUUGGAUUCUACAGUAUGGAUCGAUGCUGCCACUCAGAUUUUUUUCUCUUACGGACUUGGUCUUGGGUCCCUAAUCGCUCUGGGUAGUUAUAAUAAAUAUCACAACAACGUUUACAAGGACGCUCUCAUCGUGUCUUGUAUCAACAGUGGAACAUCCAUGUUCUCUGGUUUUGUGAUAUUUUCUGUUGUUGGGUUUAUGGCACACGAACAGCAGAAACCAAUAGAAGAAGUUGCUGCAUCUGGUCCUGGGCUUGCCUUUCUGGCCUACCCAUCAGCUACUCUAAAACUUCCUAUCUCUCCACUAUGGGCUGUUCUUUUCUUUUUGAUGAUUAUGAUGCUAGGCCUCGACAGUCAGUUCUGCACAAUGGAAGGUUUUGUGACGGCUAUAGUUGACGAAUGGCCAAGAAUUUUGCGUCCCCAUAAAGAAAUCUUUAUAGCUAUUGUGUGUUUAAUUUCUUACAUUAUUGGUCUUGGAUUCAUAUCUCAGGGUGGAAUGUACGUGUUUCAACUAUUUGAAUACUAUGCUGCUAGUGGGUUUUCCUUACUUUUCCUCAUAUUCUUUGAAGUCGUCUCCAUUUCGUGGUCAUAUGGUGUAAAUCGAUUCUACGACAACUUGAAACACAUGAUUGGCUAUUAUCCAUGUAUGUGGUGGAAGCUGUGCUGGUUCAUCUUCACCCCUCUCAUCUGUGCAGGAGUCUUCUUCUUUAGCUUGGUCCAAUACAAGCCACUGGUCUACAUCGACUACACUUAUCCGUGGUGGGGUCAGCUUAUUGGUUGGUUGCUGGCACUGUCAUCAAUGCUCUGCAUUCCCACGUAUGCUAUUUACAUUUUCAUUAUCACGCCUGGUACUGUCAAAGAGCGAUGCAAGCUGUUGUUCAGACCAGAUAUUGAACUCGUGACAGAAAUUCGAGAAAGGCAAAUACGGGAAGGAGGCGUAAUUGUUACGACAGUCGUUUAAUUAUGAACAGAAAUAAACCCAUGCUAAACUUAUGAUAACUCUGACAAAUAAAUGACACUUUUUUUUCGUCAAAACAAUGAGUGUGAAGACCAGAUAAUAAUAGCCAUCGUUAUUCGUUAAGUAGAAAUUCAGCAAGAAAUAUACCUGGAAUCGAAAAGACGGGUCAAAAUAGUAAACGUUUUACAAAUUAGUUAAAUAUUUUUACUUAACGAAGCAUAAAUAUAGAACAAUAUUUGUUUACCGAAAGUGACUGCCAAGAGAAGUGAUCAUCUACAACUAACUCCUGUGAAAUAAAUAGGUCGAUGUAUAAAAGUGUGGUGAUUUUGUUAAAUAAUUUUUAUUUACAAUUGAUUAAAAUAAAUAUAACACGACAUUUUAAUUUACUAAAUUACCGUUAGAUUUGAGUUAAAAUGAUUUAUGUAUUGUAAAGGUGUAACUUAAAAGUGAUUCAUUUAGUGGAAAUUGAGUCUUAUUUUUUUUUAAAAAGUGAAAACAACGUCAAAACAUAAAAAUAUAUUUAAUAAUUUUCAUGCGUUUCAGAACGUAUAGUAGCUGUAAAACCUCCCAUUUCAGCACAUCUAAACGACAAUUAAAAAUGCCCUCCUAUGAAUAUCAAGCAGAAGCCUAAAAACCACUGUUAUCUCCUCCACUUGACUAAAAAGAAACGAAUACAAUCUCCCUAUCUGUAUUACUAAUUUUCCUAUCCGAGUAUUCUGAUUGUGAACUACUUCUAAAAGAAAGGAAAAUUGAACUUUAAAUAACAGAGCUGGCUCUUACUAACUGUUCUUUUUUUAAAUUACUCACUUUAUUUCAUAUGUUUAUGUAUGUAUACAUAUCAUUCUAUUCUAACCUUAAUCCAUGUACAAUUAUGUUUAUCUGUUAUGUUAUAUCACUUUUUGUGUAUAUAAUUAUAGAUAACUGAUAGAAAUAGUUUACACCGAAAUGUCUGAAUAUUAAAUAUGUUUUCAUGUUUAGCAGUUAUUCUCAUCUUUUAUUUUUUAUCUUUAAGGAGAUAUUCAUGUAUAAUCCAUGAAAGCAGUUUUUUUUUGUACUGAAGGAAGAUGAGGAACCUUGGAUCAUAAAAAUAAAUACACAUUGACGGUUAAAACUGGUUUUACCCUUUAUUUUUAAUGAACUGUUGUAGACGAUAUUGUUUAAAUAUGGCCUUAUAUUUUUACCUUAUUUUUUUAACAAACUUCUUAACUGUAUGAUUUAUUCACAUUACUGUAAUAAUGUAUACAAUUCCAUAUUAUGGUAAAACGUAGAAUUUGAUUUUAUUAAAAAUAUCGGACCGAGUCUGGCCUAGUUGGUAGUGUACCGGACUAUGAACCUGCACAUACUGCGUUUGCCUCCAGUUAUUUCACAAAUAAAAUAUAAAGGUGCUCUGCACUUUGGGGCUAUAGGUGUGUUAUAAGAAUGACGGCCCAACAAGAGUAUCCCAAGAGUUAGCUGUGAGUACUGUUAACUAGCUACCUUUCAUCUAGUCUAUCAAUUUAAAAUCGGCUAAUGCAGAUGACGCUUGAGUAGUUUUGUGCGAAGAUCCGAAAGCAAACAAAAUAAUCGAUUGAUUGUAUGUAAAUACAUAAUAGUGUAUAAAGUAAUCUAUAACAGUAGAUCUAAUUUUUUUAGAAUAUAUUAAUUAAUUAAUAAAAUAAGCAAAAUGAGUCAUGUAUUAAAGAAAUAUAUAUUUGACUUAAAGUCCGCCAUCAUAACAAUUCGUAAUAAAAAUACUGUAUCAAGUUUAAAAUUCGCUAAGAGUAAAAUGAACAAAGUAGCGAAAGUGCUCGAGUUAUUGGAUUUUUAUCAUUUCGUAUCAAGGCUUUUUGAACGUAUGUGUUUUUCUGACAUCAGGAAUGAACAAAGUAGCGAAAGUGCUCGAGUUAUUGGAUUUUUAUCAUUUCGUAUCAAGACUUUUUGAACGUACGUGUUUUUCUGACAUCAUGAAUGAACAAAGUAGCGAAAGUGCUCGGGUUACUUGGUUUUUAUCAUUUCGUAUCAAGACUUUUUGAACGUACGUGUUUUUCUGACAAAGUAGAUCGCAUUUUGUACUUGGAUCUCAAUGAUUUUAUUUUAAACAUUAACUCUAUCUUGUUUUUAACUCACAAAAGAAAAUAUAUAAAUUUUGAAAAAUUGUGAUUGACUAUGUUUUUGACACUUAUCACACAUCCUUACAACUAUUCUGCAAAUGUAUAUUAAUAUUUUUUGAAACGUGCAUAAAGAGUAAACCGCAUGUGUUUAGAAUCAUUUAAUGCUUGUUCAAUCCAUUGUUUCUACUGGUCGGGAUAUCGUAUUCUAGUUUACGAGAGUUACAUUAGCCCAGUUAAGUCGAAACAAAUUCAUGUAUAAUUUAAGAUUUUAGCCUUCAGUUAUCAAAACGUCACCACUUCCGAUUCGAAGGAACAACUCGAUUCUACUAUGAUUCAUGGUCGAGUUGUAAACAUCUCUCUCUCUCUGAAUCAGAACAAGGCUAGUUGUCCAUAGUAAUCAUUAACAUGUUACCUUAUUCAGAGAAUUUUAAACUAAUUUCCCUUCACACAAUUAUAUAUUUAUUAAAAUCUCACGUAUAAAAAGUCUUAAUAACCAUGAUAUGUUUAUUUCUGUGUUGUUAUAUCAGAAAACGUAUAGUUAAGGGACGUAUUUAACAAUGGCGAAUAAUAUUAUUAUUUUGUAUCCUUAUUUGCCUUAUGUUAAAGUUAUACUAAAUGUCUGUUUUAGUAUGUAAUAGAUAUAGGUGUAUAAUUUAAUCGAAAAAUAAGCAACCUUUAUUGUUGUGUCUAAAAAUUAUAUUACAUUAGUUAAUAACAUUAGCAUGCUGUAACCCUUAUUAUUGUGUUAAGUGAGAAAUAUGUAAUUUACUAAUUCGUUUUGAUUUGUGGAGUAUUAAAAGAAAUAAAGAUUU